UGUUUUUGGUAGUCUGAGUAUCUAGUGUUGUUUGUGUUCGGUAUCGGACCGCCUUGUUUCAACAACAACACUGCACCACAACAGCACGCAUCGCACCUGGUCAGGCUGGUCUGCCCUUCGUCUGUGUGCGUGCCACUCACUCCCUGCAACCAUGCCGCUGGGCCCCCAGCUGCUGCUCCUGACGUCACCAUGAAAUUUGCAAAGGAGCUCGAGCGCGAUCUGGUGCCAGAGUGGCGCAUCAAGUACCUCAACUACAAGGCUGGCAAGAAGCAUAUCAAAGCUGUCGCCAGGGCCAUCAACCGUGCCAAUGGCGCCUCCUCCACGAGACUGCCUGCUCGGCCCGACCACAUGCGCCCUGGUUCCGCCUCUGCCUCGUUCAGGACCGCCGUUCCAGCCACCCCACCAGCUGCCGACGAUGGUGUCGAUCCCUUGCGGACGGGGCCGGCGCCUAUGGGUCAGAGCCCCCCACGCUCAAUCCCCAUCAAGAGGCCUUCCCCCGUCGCCGGUGAGCGCCAGGGGCUCAUGCACGGAUCGGAGCCGGACAUGCAGUAUGGCAGUUUUGUCCCCACCCCUCCGGAGCAUGGCCCGGCUCCCAUCAGCGAGUCUGGCCAGCCCAGCCAUCUGUUCGAGCUGCCGGCCCCCGCCAUCAAAGUGCCCUCCAACGCCAGUGAGGCCCAGAGGCAGAACCCGCCAGCAACGCCCCGGGUGAACUCAGCAUCUUCGGUCCACCGCCUCGCCCUCAACCGCACGGCCUCGAGGACAGGGUCGCAGUCGGGCGUCCCAGCCGAUCGCACUCCCAUGCCUGGCCGUUUUGCCUCCGCCGCCGGUGCUACGUUCCCCAAUCUCACCCCGAGCGAUAUGCAAAGCCCACGGGCGAGGUUGCGGAGGAUGUUCUCCUUGGCCGGGCCGUCACUGGAGCGCUACCGUUCUCGUGGCGAGUAUGACAUGCACGCCUUCGAUGAAGUCCGGGAGAAGGAGAAGGAGUUCUAUGACUUCCUCGACUCUGAGCUUCAGAAGGUUGAGAACUUCUACCGGCAGAAGGAGGACUACGCCGGCAAGCGGCUGGCCCUGCUUCGCGAGCAGCUGCAUGAGAUGCGCAACCGGAGGAUUUCCGAGAUCGCAGAGGCUAGGCGCCGCAAGCGGGACGGCGAGUCGAACGGCCAUGACGCGAAGGAGGGCCUCAAGAGCAACGGCGCGGGUCACCUUCCCAUGUUCGACCCCCUCAAGGCCAAGCUGUUCAAGCCCGGCCCGAAUACAAAGGCCCUCCAGAAGAUGCCUCAGACGCCAAGCCACACUGGGCAAAACCCAGAUGAGAGGCGCGACUACGUGCGGCGGCCUGAUGAGCACGAGGUCCCGUAUCGUACGGCCAAGAGGAAACUCAAGCUGGCACUGCAGGAGUUUUAUCGCGGUCUCGAGCUCCUCAAGUCCUACGCGCUGUUGAAUAGGACGGCGUUUAGAAAGCUCAAUAAGAAAUUCGACAAGUCGACGCACGCGCGGCCGCCAUACCGCUACAUGAACGAAAAGGUCAACAAGAGCUGGUUCGUAAACAGCGACGUCCUGGAUGGCCACCUACAGGCAGUCGAGGAUCUUUACGCCCGGUAUUUCGAGCGCGGAAACCACAAGCUUGCUGCGGGCAAACUCCGCAACCUGACAAAGAAGAAGCGCGACGAGUCCGGCAGCGCCUUCAGGAACGGGCUGCUCAUCGGCGUCGGCGCGGUGUUUGCUAUCCAGGGCGUCGUGCAGGGGACGCAGCUCCUCUUCGACGAGGACGAUGACUUGCGUGCCCAAACGAGUUACCUGAUGCAGAUCUACGCCGGCUACUUCUUGAUGCUGUACCUCUUCAGCAUGUUCUGUCUGAACUGCAAGAUCUGGACCUCUAACCGGGUGAACUACCCCUUCAUAUUCGAAUUCGACCCUCGCAACCAAUUGGACUGGCGGCAGCUCUCGGAAUUUCCCAGUUUCUUCCUUUUCCUGUUUGGACUGUUCAUCUGGUUGAACUUCACGAGAUACGGGUCCGACGCCAUGUAUCUAUACUACCCCGUCUUGCUCAUAUUCGUCACCGUCUUGAUCCUAUUUGUGCCGGCGCCGAUCUUCUGGCAUAAGGCUCGAAGAUGGUUCCUGUAUUCCCACUGGCGUCUGUUUUUCGCUGGUUUAUACCCUGUCGAGUUCCGAGACUUUUUCCUUGGAGAUAUGUAUUGCUCCCUGGCAUAUGCUAUGUGUAACAUCGAGCUGUUCUUCUGCCUGUAUGCCCAUUCUUGGAAUGAGCCACAGCAGUGCAAUUCAAACCACUCGCGAUUGCUGGGAUUCUUUGCCUGCCUGCCUCCUAUAUGGCGUUUUCUUCAGUGCAUUCGUCGUUACAGAGAUACCCGAAACAUAUUCCCGCAUCUAGUGAACGGUGGAAAGUACACGGCGUCAAUACUUUCUGGCGUGUUCCUGAGCAUGUACCGCAUAAACGGCACUAACCGAAACAUGGGACUCUUCAUCGCUUUCUCCAUAGUCAACGGCUUCUACACCGCCUUCUGGGACAUCUUCAUGGAUUUCAGCCUGGUCCAGCCACACGCGCGCCAUCGGUUCCUGCGCGACAUCACGGCGCUCAAGUCCCGCUGGCCGUACUACCUCAUCAUGGUCAUCGACCCCAUCCUCCGCUUCAACUGGAUCUUCUACCCCAUCUUCACCCACGACACCCAGCACUCCAGCAUCGCCUCCUUCCUCAUCGGCUUCGCCGAGGUCACCCGCCGGGGCAUGUGGACCCUGCUGCGCGUCGAGAACGAGCACUGCUCCAACGUCGCCCAGUACAAGGCCUCGAGGGACGUGCCCCUCCCCUACCACCUGGAGACGGGCAUCCCCGCGCUCACCAGCGCGAGGGUGAGCUCGGACUCGGCGGCGGGCAAGCAGCAGCAGCAAGACGACGACGACGACGCCGCCGCCCUCGGCGGCUUCGGCCCCGCCGCAAGGGUCGCCACCUGGACAGGCGCCAUCGAGAACCAGCCGCCUCCGAGCGGCGCCACAUCCACGGGCGUCGACGUCCCCGGCUCCGGCUCGGCCUCGGGCUCGGCGCGGCCGGGCCUGUCCGGCGCCCGCGCAGCCACCACCAUGGACGUGGCCGAGGAGGGCCGGACGCCCGGCGAGGACUCGCUGCGGCUGCGGCGGCGCCAGCGCGCCGACACCGUGGGCAAGCGGAGCAUCGUGCGCAUCCUCGCCGAGGCGCACAAGCAGGACUUUGAGAAGAAGCGGAAGCCCGGCGCGUCGUCGUCGGGCGGCGGCGGCGGCGUCAUCGGGGCCGCGCAGCUCGACGGCGGGGCGGAUGUGGACGACGACGAUGACGACGACGACGAUGAUGAUGAUGGUGAUGACCUGGGCGGGGUCGACGAGGGUACCGACGACGAGGAUGAGACGGGGUCUAUGCUCGACGAGAGGAUGGAAGUCCGCGAGGCCGAGGUGAUGCUUGGGAGGGGGAGGGAUGGCGAAGACCGCUAG